GCGCCGAGAGGAGGUUCAUUUGAGCAGGAGGAGCGCGAGCGGACGGUGUGAGGACCGAGGUGAGGACUGAGGGUCCGUGAGGAAGGGUCCGGACCGGACUCUGAUGGUUUUAUUGGAGGACGAUGAGAGGGUCAGCAGCGCGGAGUCUGAGGAGUUCAGGAGGAUCUCUGAAGGAAACACUCUUCUCAGUUUCCACGCAGGAAAUGUCCACAGCUGCGAGUCCCACCGUGCCCUCCUCUCAGCUGAGCUCCGAGCAGCUCACGGUGGUCGCUGCGUCCUGUGAGUAACCUGUCAACCUGACCUGAAAUCCGGUUAUUGUAGCAGGUGUUUUAUGAUAAACGACUUUUUUCAUGUUGAGUUUAUGGAGGCAGAAGAUAACAGCAGCAGCAGCAGCAGGUCUGAGUUCUGUUUGCUCUCAAACCUUCAGACCAUCAUGACAGGUCAUUAAACAUGUUCUCUUCUUAUCUGAGGAGCUGUCUCCGUUUUUAACAGACAGGCUGAGGAAAAAGGAGAAAUUUAACUUUUUCAUGUAAUAAACUGACCGUCAGUUUGAAUGUUCAUCACCAUCACAGCUGAUCGAUAUCAUGUGAAACAUACUGAGAUUUUACUCUGUACUGAAACUGUAAAAGUCCUGACUCACCUUUGCUCUCAGAGCUUCUGUGAGGAGAAACGGUCUGAAAUUUACAGCAGUGCCUCUCUCUGAGCAGCAAAAGCUAACAAGACCAUCAGCAAUAAAUGAAUAAUUCUGUAAUAUCAUUUAUUACCUGUAACAGCAGCAGGAGAAGGUGUCAGACCAGACGAUUUACAGCGAAGAACAACUCUGUCACUUUUCCACAAACACAGUCGGUGAUAUACUCCACUGAGAUAAAACAUGACUUAGACAUGAACUGGAGAAGAUAAACAAGGAGGGGGGAGGUCCUGCUUUGACCACAGGGGGCGCUAAAAUCAACAGACACAGGAUCGUAUUUCACACCAUGCAAACGGGCGGAGACGAACAAGUGAAAGGUUUUUAGACGUCAUUUCACCCCGAUGACACCAUGGAUGAGGAGAUGCUGAUUCUAGAAGUCUAGAAGUAGAUUUCCUCCUCUGGAAGGACACAAUCUACUGCUUAUAUGUCUAUGUGUCUGUCUUUAGAGAGACAACUCGUUAUCGUGCGAUUGAACGUGAAUCUGCGGGUUCUUGCGAUUCCUGUAAAUAUGCAAAGUUGAGGGUGAUCUGUGCCACUGAAAUGACUUAAUAAGAUAUGGUAUCAUAUGGUCCUCGAUGAAUCUAACUUUAUUUUUAUGACUUUUCCGUUAGUUGUCCUGACUCUUCUGAGUAAUACUUUGGUUUUAUUCUCCUCGAUGAAUCUGAAAGUUUCUGUUUUCACCGACACGUCUCCUCUCUAUCCUGCAGUUUCCUCUCUGGUCUUCUUCGUGGUUAUCGUGGUGCUGCUGUCCAUCAUCUACCGCAAAGAUCCUCAAUGCUGCAAAACCCGGUCCUGCCAGGGGCCACAUGCAGACCUGGUAAGACUUCUAAAAUAAAAAGAGAGAGAGAGCUGCUGAGGUUUCUGCUUCUCUUUAGGUGACUGUGAUGUUGAGGUCUGUCCUGAUCCGACACAGAGAGCGAGCGCCCGUACGGCUUUAAGAAGUGUCACAUUCAAUUUGCACGGCUGUGGGAAAGAGACCGGAAUAAACUUGAUAUGAUCAUUGUCAGCCCAGGGAUUCGUCUCAGCUGAAUUAGCCGCCCUCCAGAAAUAUCUGUGAUCGCCACAGUGGCUCUAAUGGAUUUGGACAGAAUAUUGAUGCUGGUUCAGCUGCAGAGUGACGGAAUCACAGCCAAUCAGAGAAACCCACCUUCAGGUUUUAGGGGGUGUAUUUGUGACGCCUUAAUCACUCUGUGAGAAGGAAACUCCUCGGAGGUGACUUCCCAAAGGUUGCCCGCUCUCUCCACUUCCUCCCUCGGACUCUCUCUUGCUCUCUGGGGGAUGUUGGUGUGUUAUCUCGGUGUUGCAGAGACUCCCCCGUCAGCAGACAGGAAGCUCUCUUGGGUUAUGUUUAACAGAGAGGCUCUGCUGUCCCGUUUGGGGAACUAACAGAGCGUUUCAGCGGGACAAACUGACCUCCACUAACAGCUGAUAAGACGGCGGCGCUGCUGCUUCGUCACAACCUGAGUCAGAGAGCGUUGUUUAUUUUCAUCUGAUAGUUCAAGACGAAUGUUGUUCAGACGUUAGGAACAGCAGGACAGUCCUUUUUGGACAGUCAUCCACACACUUGUUCAUGUUCAUGUUCAGGUUCAUGUUCCUCAUGGUGUGUCCUCCGUAGACCUUCGUGAACUCAGCAGACCAGGUUCUGGAGUCUGACAGUCAAAUGUUGUCCCAUUCUUGCCUUGGUCUUCAAGUCAGGACCACAUCAGUCCAGGACUCUUCUCCUACAGAGCCAUGCUGUUGUCAGAAUGUGGUCUGGGAUCAUAUGACGGUCUUCCCUGAAGAAGUCACAGUCUGGAUGGUAGUAGAUGUUGCUCCUAAACCUGGAGAUAUAAAACUGAGGAUGCAGCAUCUAUGAUUUGCAUAGAAACGUCUCAACUAAGUCCACUUUAGUACAGAGAUCUCUGGGAGAACAAGUCUGGUGGACCCUCUACUCUUCAGAGUCCAGGAUUUCCAAACAGAAAGUCAGACUGAUCUGGUCCAGAGAAAUGUCUCCAGCAUUUCUGGAUCCUGUUCCUAUCUGUUCUCCUCUUUCAUGGUUCAGUUUGAACCUCAUUUGUGGAGAAUAUUCAAAUAAAAGAUAAAAAAGAUGUUGGGAAUAAUCUUUGAAAAUAAAACCUGAACACAGAAGGAUCAUAACUCGGACUAAAGCCUCAUGGAGGUGAGAGUGAAGUCGUGUUUCUUGACGUUGUCCUCAGACAGAAGUGAGGGGUUGGUCGUUUCUCACUCCGUCACCGUGUUCUUGUCUCUGACUUCAUCGUCACAUACCUCUCCCUGCUUCACUUCGCAGCCUGAAUGGGGGACGGAGUCCUCUGUGGGUGUUGGGGACAAACGGGGACAAUGGGUCUCCUUCAGGCUGCGGAGGUGAAAAAAAGGCACGCCGCCGCUGGGCUCCUCCCCCGACUUCAACACUGAUUUUACACGGUUGUGCUUUUUCACACUAGCUGAGACAAAGGGACAAGUCUCCUUUUUAUUCGUCCUUCCUUCAGGACUUUUCUGUUCGCGUCUUAAAAGUACAAACCGGCGAGGGAACGUGACCUUUGACCUCUCCUUUAGAGUCGACUCUCUCCGUCUGAAACGAUGGGAGCGUUUGUGGCAAAGGUCGUCGCUCUGCGUCACUCUGAGUGAGAGUGAUGUCAUUGUUGGAGCGGCUGAGAAAAAUGAGAAAUCUGUUUGGAUUUCUGAGAUUUCACUUUCUGUUGAACUGUCACAUCAAAGCUCCCGGAGCGCUCCGUCUGAGGCGGUCUGCUGACCCCUGCACAGAAACCUCCACCCUCUCCGCUGAUUGUAAACUCUCCAGGAUCUUCUCUUUGUCUUUUCUGUAAAAAAAAAUCACCACUCAUGUUUUUAGGUCAGGCAUUUUUCUGUCAUGAGAUAAAACAGCUGGAGAGAGACAGGAAACACGGGGAACAGAGAGCUGCUGUCGACGAGGCCAAGAAGCACGGAGAACAUGAACUGAAGCUGUUUUUACACGUGCACCAAACUCCCAAACAUGUCAGGGGGGAUCUGCACGUGUGAAUCCAAACAGACUAAAGAGUUUUUCCCUCGAGCUCCCGGUAAAACUUCACAAGAAUUCAGGGUGAGCUGACGUAAGAAAGCAGAAACAUGACAGGAUGAAAAAAACAUCCAAGGGGGCGUGUUUGAAAGAAGCAGCUUUGGAAAAUCUGAAGACUUGAGAUCUUCUGAAAGUUUCUGGAUCUUCACAGACCAGCAUGAACAAAAGAAGGAGCUGUUAUUUGUCCCUGUUCUGUUUGUCUCCUCGUCUGACUCCCAUGUCCUCACUGAUGGUGAUGAAGGCAGAGCUCCUGAAAAAAGAGGCCAAAUAUCUUUCCAAAGUGACUGAUUUUCUCCUCGUCCGACUUCAUGGUUGCGUGGAAAAGCUCGCCGAUUGUCGUGUUUACUUUUGAAGGUUAAUGUCAGACAUCUGCAUUAAUGUCAGUUUAAUAACCAUCUAGAAACUUCUCUCUGGAGCUUUUAGACGCACAGACUGGAGGCCAUAAGGACAGAUGUUUGCAUAAAAGAAUCAUCAUCCAUGUGCGAAUAAUCGGAUUCUGCAUAAUGAAUCUUUUUAAGACUUCUCUGCGGCGCGUUUACGUCUCAGAAAAGUCUGAGUUUGUGUUUCAGAUUCAGAGUUUUUCAGAUGCAUGUUUGUGUUUAUUUCUGUGGUCUGAUAAUAACAGACCAUCUGUUCGUCUGUCUGAAUCUCACCCUCUUCCUAUCAUCUCCUCUCCUCUUGAAAUCUCAGUCAGACUCUAACUGACCCGCUGUCUCGUCCUCGGAGGUGUGUAUUGUGUCGUGUGCUCGUUAGGAGGUACCUGCCGCAGACACAGGGAGAAUACAGAGACCACACGGUGUGGUUUGUUGCCUAGGGACCCUGAUGACACAGUAGGACAGCACAUUGUCCUCCACACAAAGGACGCUCAUUUAGACCCCGAGGCGAUUACCUCCUUUACUGGCAGCCUUUUCUUAAAGCAGGAUUCCUUCAGCUCAUACAGUGAAACACUGACAGGUCUGUGUUAGAGGGGGAGGGACGAGGAGGAGGAGGCAGGGAAACAGGAGGGUGUUGGUCUCAUUGAUCGGGUAAUUUAUGGUAUUGCUAAAGCAGGCAGAGUCUACAGUGAUGAAACAAGGCAUGAAAAUCGCCCAAUUGGGCUGAAGGGAGUGGAUUUCUGACUGAUUGUUGUGAUGGAGGAGCAACAAGGACCCCCAGGGUGGAAGUUAAGACGUGAACAAGGACGUUUAAUUCAUAACUAAAGUGUGAGCAAACAUGUGACGCUGUGUCCCUCUUUUUCCUUCCCCAGGACGCUCCUCCUCAGUACUACAGCAGCAGACAGACUCUGGUGGGAUCUGCGUGUCUGGAGAACACUCACAUCAUGGACGACAACAGACAGGUGAGAGGAAAACAACCACGGAGCAGACGCCAUCACUGACCUCUGUACUAAAGGGGCCAGGACCAAAACCAGGACUGGACGGUCCUGAUCUUCAGGGCGUUAAAAACAGACAGGACUCUGGAGUGGGAGUCACCGCACUGAAAGGCAGUGAUUCCAUGAGGGGAUAUGGACCUACUUUAGACGUUUACCGUAGAGCUGUUGCAAACAUGUCCAUAGAUCUGUUUAUAGACAUAAAAAUAGAUGUCCUCAGUUUACCUGUGAGAUCAUCCAGAUCUCCAUCUGUCUCCUGACCCUCACAGAUGUCCCUCAUGAGUCCCUCUUUGUGUCUCAGCAGGCCGGUCAGCUCUUCUUCGUCGGGUUGCCCUCCAGCUACACCCUCCCCUCUCUGGAGACCCCCUUGCCGAGACUCCCCUCCUACGAGAGCGUCCGAAAGAAGGACCGCCAGAGGCAGAUCCACAUGAUGAUCGCAGACCGCUUUGGCCUCAAUGGACCCAUUGUGACUGAGGUGGGCAGAGUGAAGCAUUAUGGGAGUGUCACAGUACUUCAUACAGUCCUGAACAUGAGGUAUCGAGGGGAUAUGUGUCCCUGUUGAGGUUCUGGAAAAGCCAAAGAGGAGCCGAGAAUCUUUCUGAAAGUUCUUCCUGGUCUGGGUCAGACAUGUGAGUUCUGGUUGUUGUUGUUCAGCCUGAGAACUGAGCCGAUAUUUGACUCCUGCGACAGUAACAAAGAGAGCCCGAGCUUACCUAAACUCUCUUCUUUAUGAGCCCUCCCUGUGUGUUGUCUCAGUAUGAAUGGAGAUAAUAAGAAAACCGUUCCUCCUAUUAUGGCCGCGCUUUCACAGAAUAUUGUAACAGGAGAAGCUUCAGAGAUAAGUCUGCGCCGGUAAACAGAGAGCGCCAUCAGCUCAUCUGCUGCUGCUGCGUUUCAGGGUUUCACCGUGUUGAUCUUUGCUGAGCUUUUGACUCUCAGGACGCUCCAGCAAACAAGGUAAUGAGAAAAAGGCAUCAGACGUAAUUAAAGCUGCAUCCUGAGAGCAAACAGAGCCGGGACGCCGCCGCCACCGCCACCGCUCUCAGAGCGCCUGUCUUCUCUGUUUUUUCUGCUUUGACCUCCUGUUUUUUCUCCCUUAAUUAAACACACACACACACACACACACUGGCAGAGAGAGCGUGCACACACACACACACACACACAGACACACACCUUCAAGUAAACCCAUCACCAACUGCUGGAAAGUCUCCCUCCUCCUCCUCCUCCGACCCUUAAAUUCAGCGCUGUCCGUCCAGCAUCCUGAGGCAGUACAGCUUUAUGUGGGUGUGUACAUGUGUGUGUGUGUGCAUGUGUGUGUGUGUGUGUGUGUGUGUGCAUGUGUCAGACAGAGGGCAGGGUUAUAAGGUUGCUCUCUGUCGCCUCAGGGUCUCUAAGCAAUUAAAAGAUAAACCGAGAGAGUCUGGAGGGUGAGUCAGAUCCGAUCAGAGAGAUGAUGCAUUCAAAAGAUUAAUUAGUGAUGUAAAUACAAACAUCAUCCUAAUUAUCCCUGAGAUACAAACCCAACGCUGGGAUGUUUACACGCCAACUCAUCCCAAAGAAAACUUAUUAAUUCCUCAUUUUCUGCCUCCAGUGAAUAAUGAAUGAUGUGCAGUCAUCACGGAGUCCAAACUCAGAGUGGAAGGUUGAUUUUCACAGCAAAUGAAGAAUAUUCAUGAACGGCUCAGAGGAGACAGUUAGUAAGAACUCAGCGAGGAAACGCUCCGACAAACACGGACGAAAGGUUGGAGAUGAAAUGGGAGAAAAAAGUCAAAUCUUCAGUUUAAAACUGCAGAAAGUUUCAGAUUUUCUGUCCCGCAGACACAUCAGCUGGUGCAGACGAUGUUUCAAAGUCUAUCAUUAUUAUUAUUAUAAUAAAACACAAGAGCCGUGCACAUUAUCUGAGACUAUGAAGAGCAAAGAUGAAGAGCUGAAAACAGAAAAGAAGUUGAGACACGAACAGACACGGAGUGACAGGAGGGACAAAAGAGGUCAGGCGUUUGACACUUGGCCUGAAAAACAGUAAAGAUGUUUAAAGGUCCUUACAGAGCGGGGCCGACGCGGAUACAGGACGUGACGAAACGCUCAAGUUCUACUUGUUUUCUGCAGAGAGGACAACGUGCAAAUAAAAAAAACUUUGACUUUAAAAUCUUUUGUUUGUCUGAGACUGUUUUAUAAACUGUCUGUUUCAUCUUCCCUGCAGGCCCCUCCCACAUACGAGGAGAGUAUCCGUCAGUCCGUAGAGCUGCCGUACGACAUCCUCUCCCCUGGUCCAGACCUCUCCUCUCCUCAGAGUUUCUACACCAACGAAGGACUCGAUGUUCCUGAUCAGGUCAGCUCAGACGCUAACGGCAGCGCUCCACCUGUGUGAAGCUCAUCGGGGUCUGAAACCGCAGGAUGAAUGUGAAAGAGGACCUAAAAGGAGACUGAUGGAGAAACCUCAUGAGAGGAGAAACCAAAGAGGAGCUGCAUGAUGUGGAGCGUCCACAUCUGAAUGUAGAAGACGGUUUAUUCCAGCUGCUGGACUUGGCGAGACGAUGAUUCAAGAAGAAGAUCACUGAAGGUUCACUGAGGUGAGACAUCUUCAAGAGUCACAGAAGAAGAAAACAAACCAUGAAGAAAACCUCGGAGGAUUUGACCGUCAGUGAACUUUGCUGUUUUCUUUGAGCCUGGACCAGCUGAUUGUUGUAAUUCAAGCACAGACAGACACAGACAUGGAUGUUCUUAAAAGAGUUUUCAGAUUUACAACCUUUUUUUACAGAAUAUAUAACAUUAAAAAUACUGUAUUUGUAGUUUAGGUAGUUUUUCCAGCAGGGGGCGCUCUGACUGUAGUUUACAGUCCUCUCAGCACUGUCUGUAGCACAUGUAGCAGCUGGACGGGCUGACGGUGCCGACACACGGUGCCGACACACGGACAUAUGGCGCCCGGUCUGUCUGCCCUGUGCGGUCUGCAGAAGAAAGGAUUGAGGGUUUAAAAGAUGAAAAAAAUAUUCUUUAAGUGUUUUUUAUUGUAGAAAAGAGCUUUUUGGGAAUCUUUACAAAAUCACUGAACAAUCCACAGAGAAAAGCCUUUUCUAGAAACUCCCAAGUUUCAGCAACAACCUCGUUUAAAAUCUGAAAAUAAUCUUUGAUAAAAAAAAUUGAUCAAACAGAAAACUGAAGGAGAAAGUGAAUCUUUGAAGGAAUCCAAAUCAAUGAGCAAAUUAAUCAAUCAGCAAAAUGUGAACUUGGAAAAAAAAGGAUUUUCUCUGAUGAAUACGACUCCUUGACCCGCCUGCAGCUCUUUAUCUGUCCACCAGGGGGCCACACUUUAAAAACCCUGUCUGUUUCGGUUCACUGUCCUGAUCUUUAGAUCUUCAUCCUGCAGAUUUGUCCUCUGUGAUUCCUGUUGUAGUUCUGUCUCCAUAAACCCUCCAUCUCAGCAGAAACUGUUUCGUGAAGCGCCUCUGAAGUCUGAAUAUCGGCGCCUCAGCGUUUCUGUUCCUGCUGACUCUGCAGAAUGAGCUUCAGCCUAUCGUAGAGUGCCUUCCAUUAUAAGACACACCCCCAUGAGCGCUUUCUCUCUGACCUUUCACAGUUUUUCUCUUUCAUCCUGACGGAGUUUGUCCGAAGUCGAGGCUCACAGUAAAAUUUAACAUCUUUAGAGUGAAUCAGAGAGAAACGAAAACCGAAGAGGAUCUUUGUGACCGUCCAACGAUUUUUUCUCUUUUUAACCUCCUUUCACACCGGGAGCGUUUUUAUCAUGCGAUUAUUUCAGACGUCAAUAUUUUUGUUGAACCCGUAUCCUGUCAGUACAAGCGUUCACAUCAGUGAUGUUUUCCCGUCCUGCGAUAUUGUGACAUUUAUUUUUUCGGAUCACAGUCGAUUUUUCUAAAGUUUUGCAGACUGUGUGUCCACUUCUGACCAAUCAGAUUUCGUGUUGUUGCGACGUCAGAUUCACCGGUAAAUCCAACAUGGCUAACUGGCUGACUGUUCACGUGUUGGAGAACAGAGGCGCCUCCGAACAUUUCAUACUUUGGCGUUCUAUCUUGGCGUCGGCCCCGGUGUGUGAGGACCUUUAGUUGUUUAUUUAUUGAUGAUCUUUGUUGUUUCUCAUGUGAAAACAAACAGAAUAAACAAAUGUUUGUUUAUUCAUAAUUAUGAUUAAAAAUAAAGGAAAAUUCUGUGUUUUUAUC